AUGCAACCUGAUAAACAGGUAACAAAACUGUUGAGUACUGGAUCCCUGAUGCCCCUCCAGAUAGAAAGGGCACACUUGGAUCAUAUCGCGCCACUGUCUCAGGACUGCUUCAGUAACGGUCAGACUGAACUGUUAGCCCCGGGCGUAUGGAGGUUAGGGAUCAUUUUGGCCUCUCUGGUGCCUGGUGAAUCUACUGCAGUACGAGACAGUACUUACCCUUUUUCGUUCCCGUUCCAUCGCCUCUUUAGCCAAUAUCAAGUCCUCAAAAGAGAUGAUCUUGGGCCAACGCUUCAAGCCAAGUAUCCAGUAGUGAUCUUCAUCCAUGGUGAAUCGUUUGAAUGGAACUCGGGCAACGUAUAUGAUGGCUCAGUUCUUGCUAGCUACGGAGGUUUGGUCGUCAUCACCAUCAACUACAGACUUGGGAUUUUAGGUUUUUUAAAUGCGAAUCCAAUACCCCACCUGAAAGCUCGAGUGGCAAACUACGGUCUGAUGGAUCAGAUAGCAGCAUUACACUGGGUGCAACAGAACAUAGCGCUGUUUGGUGGUGACGCUGGUAAUGUCACUAUGUUAGGCCAUGGUUCUGGAGCAGCGUGUAUAAAUUUCCUGAUGAUAUCGCCAACUGUGAUGCCUGGUCUUUUUCACCGUUCGAUUCUUCUAUCAGGGUCAGCGCUAAGUUCCUGGGCACUAGUAGAAGACCCGGUCAGCUUUUCCGUCCAAUUAGCAAAACAAGCCAACUGCACACUUCCAGAAGACAUAGUAAAAGAUCACGAAUUGAUAGUAGAUUGUCUUAGAGAAGUUCCUCUGGAGGAACUGAUGUCUGCAGAGAUCAGCACUCCAAGUUAUUUAACAGCGUUCGGUCCAUCAGUUGAUGGAGUAGUUGUUAAAACUGAUUAUGCCAAAGAACUUUUAACAUUUUUCAUACCGAAUGACCUUCAAGGCUUCUCAAGCGUGUCUGGAGUAAACAACCAAAAAGCUGAUAAAAGAAACGGUGAAAGAAUAUUCGGGAUCAAAGGAGGGCAAAAUAAGUAUGAUCUACUGUUCGGGGUUGUCACUAGUGAAGCACUGUGGAAAUUUUCGGCGCAAGAUAUACAAAAUGGAUUCGAAGGCGAAAGAAGGGAUAGAAUAAUAAGGACCUACGUAAGAAAUGCAUACACAUAUCAUUUAAGCGAAAUAUUUUUCACAAUAGUCAAUGAAUAUACUGAUUGGGAGAGGACUGUACAGCAUCCUAUAAAUACAAGAGACGCAGCAGUACUAGCAAUAUCAGAUGCUCAGUACGUCGCCCCACUUGUCCAAACUGGUGACUUCUUAAGCUCUCCCGACUCAUCAUCCAAGACAUUUUUCUACGUAUUCGAUUACCAAACCAAAGAUGGGGAUUAUCCACAGCGCAUGGGCUCUGUGCAUGGGGAAGAGCUCCCCUACUUAUUUGGAUCUCCACUGGUUGAUGGUCUCGGACAUUUCCCAAAGAACUACACAAAAUCUGAAGUAGCUUUGUCCGAAUCUUUUAUUCUUUACAUCGCCAAUUUUGCGAGAAGUGGGAAUCCUAAUGAAGCUCAUCGCCAAGAAUCUGUUCUGCCGAUUUCAAGAGAACGAAACAAGUACAAGAGUAUAGUGUGGGAUGAAUACGACACCCUGUAUCAGAAAUAUUUAGAGAUCGGUAUGAAACCACGUAUGAAAAACCAUUAUAGAGCACAUCAACUGUCUGUGUGGCUGCGUCUCAUCCCAGAGAUUCACCGCGCAGGAAUGAAGGAUGUGGUAGCCAAACACAACCUUUUUAGAAACCACAAUGACCCUGAGUUGUACGACGGUCUCGUUAGACCCGAUCCACUCACACGCGCAAACUAUUUCGACCCUACAUUAGAACUGUACCGCAAGCCGACCUACAACCUCACCUUGGAAAUACCCUCAACAACUAUGGACACCUACGUCACUACCUGCAUCAGCGUGAUGUCAGCUCGCCCAGGAUCUGCUGUCACACAAACACAAGUGCCGAAUAACACGCACACACAGGACAUAUCCAAUUUAGAAGUAGCAGGUUACACUGCUUACUCUACAGCAUUGAGUGUUACGAUAGCUAUAGGCUGCUCCCUUCUCAUUCUGAAUGUUUUAAUUUUUGCCGGUGUUUACUAUCAACGAGAUAAGACCCGGUUGCAAGUAAAAGCGCUUCAACAACAACAGAAAAGAAACCAUAAUUCAACAUUCGAUAGCGUUUCAUCGAAACAUCCUCAUUAUUUUGUCGGUCACUCACAGAGUUCGAGCACUAUUGUCGACAUCGAUCAUCAGGACAAAAACGCGAUAAUAGCAAUGACAAAUCGAGUUCCCCACUUUACUACAGCGAACUGCCCGAACGUUUGUCACACGGGGAUACAAAUGUCGAAUUUGUCACAGAAAACGAGUCCCCCGACGAAUAGGGGCCAGUGUACGACGUUACCACGAAAAGUUGGGUUCAGUUAUCAGCAGAAUCAGAUAUGUAAUGCGUCAAAUUGUAUGACUUUGCCUAAAAAUGCGACUUUUAUGAGUAGUGCUAGCAAUUUGCCGGAUGUUCAGGCGCAGACCGGACAAAAUCAGGGGCCUGGAAAUGGCUCCGUGCUGCCCCCUCCGUCUUCACCGCCUUCGCAGCACUUUGCACAGUCUCGAGUCCCGCAAGCUGCAAUGUCAGAAAUGAACGUAUGA